AUAUACGUCUCGUCAGCCGAACAACACACACACGUUGAUCAACCUUUGAACCGUGGCUAUCAAGACAGCUAUCAAAAGGAAGGGAUACGACCAGUGUUUUGGCAUGUCUUCUGUUAAAUAACCACGUGACCGACGAGAUUAUAGUCAAGAAGUCCCGCAGCUGAUAAAGCUGGGCGUAUAUCCGAAGGGCGCCGUAUAACGAGGGAUUUACGGUUAGUGUCGGACAGUCCUGUUGCCGCGUGUACCUGUGAACCCGAACGCUGCGAGGCACUGCCACAGUAACCGUCCAUAUGUGUUCCAGCUGACUACGAAAGCUCCUUCACUCCAGAUCCUGACCUGAAUUUCGACAGAAAUGGUGCCCUGAUUCACUCGUCCUAAAUUAGCAUGUGAACAGUGAAAACGUCACAAGCACACGACAAUGGUGUAAACACGUUGUUGUCGACUAUUUUUGUGGAUGUGCAACACGUUUAUCUUGACAGUGUCAGUGCAGGCAGACGGAGAGGCAACUUUCACUGAGGAGCAGACGACACUUUUGUUUCGUCAUUUGGAGCAGACGGCAAGCUGUGUGGGAUCAAAGUAAACAGAGCGAGUCUAGAAAAUUCCUUUUUUAUUGUUUUGUCAUCGUGGAGAACAUUAUCACUGGACUUUUUAGGACAGAUUUCCAGUUGAGGUCUCGUCACGCGAAUUGGAUCCAGGUUCUCUAUAUUUUGCCAUUUUGACCUCCUCUCAUGCUUCCAACUGCGAUUCUGUUUACAUUCCUUCUGGAGACGGUCACGGGCUCGGGAGAAGACUUUGACGGCUAUGGCCGAGCGGUGACAGAGGGAGAGGCUGAACACAGCUAUGUCCAGGACGCCCAAGCUGGCCUCUCGCACGUUCUGGAUGAGCUGAAAGCCUUUCAGAAACGUAUUGAACAUUCGAUCCUUCACACGGAGAAAGGGGCCUUUAUCUUGGCAGGCAUACUGUGUUCAAUUGCCAUGGUGGUGUUAGUGGGUGGAGCCCUCUACUGUCACUGGUUUGGGAACUAUGUGCCAAAAUACAUCCGGGUGUCACGAAAAGAUGGAAAGGAAAUUACGAUGGAAGCGGAAAAGGAGGAAAAGAAUGGACACAUGAAAAGCGAAUGAUAUAUCAAUAUAUCAUUAGUAUCAAAAAGAGAAAAUGUGAUAGUUUGAAAAAUAAUUCGCAUCUAGAAUGCACUGAUAUGUUUUGUAGAGCGCGUGUUGAAUCUUGAGUGAAAGUGGCAUAGAUUUACAUAUAUCUGUUUUGUUGUUGUGAAAUUAGUGUUGACUAUAUUCAUCUAUUUUGACAGUGUGCAAAGUCCAUGUACAUUUUGUGCCUUGAAACGAAUUGACAUGCCUGAUCUCACGUAUUGUGUGAAGAUUAUGCGCCACGUUGUUACCAUAGCAACCGAACACCGUGAUUUAUUCGGUUAGAUCUAUGCAUUGUUUUCCACGAAAUAUGCCAUUUGAAUGUGAGCAGUAUAGAUUGUAUGAGAUGAAUGAACCCGUUGCUGUAGAGUCUUACAUAUCUGAAAGUACCGUUGCAAGUUUAACAAACGUAAAAACGUUAUGAAGUAUUCCAGUUAAUGACACACAAAAAAACUGUUAAUCCAUUUGUAUAUAUCUGUUUAUAACCUACUACCCACGCACUUUUCAAAAUCACACGUUUUUUGAACGAAACCUAUAUCAUCGUCACCAUUUUUUCACCAUCUUAUUUUUCAUAAACACUAAGCCCAAAUAUUUCUGUUUUCAUCGUAACUAAACCGCAUUAGUGAGCAUCUUAUGUUUAAAAAAAUGAAAAUUGUUACGAUCGUAUACGAUAAACGGGGUUCGUGCCUGUUUUUCGUGGUAUAUUAAUAUGUAUCAAUAUUGACAUGCUCCCUCGGACAUUAGUAUAUUCACAUGUAUAGCAUAGCUUGACAUUUGUGUUUGAACUAAUCAUUCAUAACGUCCUCAAGAUCCAGCGACCAUGUGAUAGCCCGUGUCAAAAAUAGAUGAUCAGUCAAAAUCUUCGACUGUGUGAAAAUGACAUCUCGUUGAUGUUAAACACGAAAGUUUGAAUGUACCUUCCUACAAACUCUCUUGAUGAAGUAUGCAACGUUUUCAGUGUCUUUAUCACAGAUGAAGUCGUCAUGUAACAUACGGGUAAUUACACUCAUAAUUAAACUGAAUUUCUUGUGAUAAGUUGUUGUGAAACAUUUCCGCAUAAGUGUAUACAUCCUGCCUCGUAGAUUUCAUGUAGUAGCAAUAUUCAUAAAAUAUGCAUAUAUAUAUGAUAUAUAUUGCACAUAGAUAUUUUGAUAACUUCAUCAUAGGUAAACAAAUAUUAGCGGUUGCAAUGGGCUGAGGUGACGUCACAACUCAAAAGAGAUCGAUUAUCGUUAACUAUUCUUGCUGAAAACAAUUUUUACAUCUUUAUCCUACAACAGAUACAAUACAUCUGUAACAGCUCUAAGUCUUCGGUAGUUUUAGAUUAUUUGAUAUAAGUCAUUAAAAAUUGUAGGGCUGGCUAUCGUUAAAGAUAAUAGAAAUCGAUAAUCGUUAACUAAAUAUCGAUCGAUAUCUAUAAAUAUCGGAGACGUAACUUUUAGAAAAAUUGUGUGAAAAAAGGAAUAUAUUUUAUCUAUAUUAAAUAUAUAUUAAAACUUCUUUCUAUCACAAAAAUUAAUGUAUAAUAUAUAUCGAUAUCCCAAUUUUCAUAGCGAUGAUCAUUAUUUUCCCUAUCGACGAUAUUUCCGAUUACCGAUAAUUUUAGCAAGCUCUACAAAACUGACUCUUUAUGUUAACUUUACAAGCUCAGUGGGAACCAUACAACAGUGACUGUAAUUUCACAGGGAAUUUCAAAUUUCGGAUAAACAAAAGGCAUAUGAGAAUAUUCCUUAACAUCCAGAAAUGAUUUAGCCCGGUUCGUGAUGCACGUUGACAUUUGUUAGUUGUCAUGGCGCCAGGAUUGAACCAUUAAAGUCAGUAUUCGGUGUUAAAUGCCAGUUGUUAAUUGAAGAUAUUCCGCAUCCCAGAUAGUUAGGACUUAUUCUGCACUAUGUGUGAAGAGUUUAGUCCUUCAUUAUUUAUUGAUAUACACCCUGUUUUAUUUUCUAUGAAAAUUUUCUUUGUUUGUAAAUAGAGGGAGUUUUAUACUAUUUUAUUGAAAUAAAUGAGUUAUCUUUUAUACGA